CAAUAACCACUAGUCCCCACUACUCAUUAAUUAUUAAAGAAAGAAAUGUCAUCAAACACUUUUGCAUCACCUUUGAAUUAUUGUAGUACUAUUACAACAAUGGCAUUAACUUCAUCUUCUUCACUUCCUCUUCCUCUUCACCAACAAUUUACAUCACCAAAAUACUCAAAACAUCCUUCAAUCACUCUUUCGUUAUCCGAAAAAUCAUCGGACAGCGUAACACCACUCUCAAAAUCAGCCACCCGUACGAUUCCAGGUGACUAUGGUUUACCAAUUAUUGGUCCCUGGAAAGAUAGACAAGACUAUUUUUACAAUCAAGGUAAAAAUGAAUUCUUCAAAUCAAGAAUUGACAAGUACAAAUCAACUGUAUUCAGAACCAACAUGCCACCUGGUCCAUUCAUUUCAUCCGACUCAAAAGUGAUCGCGUUGCUGGAUGGUAAGAGUUUUCCUAUCUUGUUCGACGUAUCUAAAGUUGAGAAAAAGGACGUCUUCACGGGUACCUAUACCCCGUCCACUUCACUGACCGGUCGUUAUCGCGUACUUUCCUAUCUCGAUCCUUCUGAACCGAACCACGAGAAGCUGAAGAAGCUAAUGUUCCGCCUUCUCACGAGUCGCAGCGAUCACAUUAUACCUGAGUUCCAGAAAGAGUAUACGGAGUUUGCGAAAACCCUAGAUAGGGAAAUGAUGGAGGAGGGUAGAGUGGAGUUGAACGCGCUCAAUGAUCAGUUCUCGUUUAACUUGUUAGCUAAAUCUCUGCUCGGAGUUGAACCUUCUGAUACCGAAUUAGGAAUGGAUGCCCCAAUCCUGAUAGGAAAAUGGGUGCUGUUUCAACUUCACCCCGUACUUACUCUCGGUCUUCCGAGGGUUCUGGAUGACAUUGUUCUUCGUACAUUUCAGCUUCCAUCAUUCCUGGUGAAGAAAGACUACCAGAGACUGUACGAUUUCUUCUACACGAACUCAACCGAUUCGUUCAAUGAAGAAGCUGAGAAGCUCGGGGUAUCACGCGAAGAAGCUUCACAUAAUCUGCUAUUCGCGAUAUGUUUCAACACCUUUGGUGGGAUGAAGAUAUUCUUCCCGAAUAUGUUGAAAUGGAUCGCGAAAGCAGGGGUGGAGCUACACUCCCAUUUAUCUAGCGAGAUUCGCUCUCAAGUAAAAUCUUCUGGUGGGAACAUCACGAUGACUGCGAUGGACAAAAUGCCCUUAGUGAAAUCCGUUGUUUAUGAAGCGUUGCGCAUUGACCCUCCCGUAUCUUCACAAUACGGGAGAGCCAAACAAGACCUUAUAAUCGAGUCACAUGACGCUACCUUCCAUGUAAAAAAAGGCGAAAUGUUAUAUGGAUAUCAACCAUUCGCUACCAAGGAUCCGGAAAUAUUUGAUCGACCCGAAGAAUUCGUGGCCGAUCGAUUCGUUGGAAAGGAGGGAGAAAGAUUAUUAAAACAUGUACUAUGGUCCAAUGGACCGGAAUCGGAAAGUCCUACAUUGGAGAAUAAACAAUGUGCUGGGAAAGAUUUUGUUGUGUUUGUUUCGAGAUUAUUCGUAAUAGAGUUUUUUCUACGUUACGAUACGUUAGAGGUAGACGUUGGUACGUCGCCGUUGGGAGCUAAAAUUACAAUAACAUCUUUAAAGAGAGCUUAAAUUUAGAUUAAAGUCAAAAAUCGAGAUCGAAAUUUGGUCACAUGCUGGUGUGUGUUGUCGUCUAUAAUUUCAAUAAUUGUUAUCCAACUUUUUUCCACUAAGGGGGGUGGAUUUUUUUUUUUGGUUUGUUUAGGUUGUUGGUGGUGUACAUGUUUUUUUCCUUUCCAAAUUAUUCUUUUCGUCUCAAAAUAUUUAAUUUAUGUUAUCUUUUA